AAUAAGUUGGGAGAGUUUUAAAGAGAGAAAAAAAAAACUGUUAGACGAAGCAUCGCGAUAUAGCAAUGAUCCUACUUUCGGUUAGUUCCUCUUCAUCAUCUCCCAUCGCCGCCGUCUUCUCCGUCGCGUUUCUUCUGAUCUACUUCUCUGAACCUACUCUUGCAGCUCCUUGCCCGAUCAAUGGGUUGCCAAUCGUGAGGAAUAUAAGUGAACUUCCUCAGGAUAACUAUGGAAGGCCAGGCCUUUCUCACAUGACUGUUGCUGGCUCUGUUUUGCACGGAAUGAAAGAGGUUGAGAUAUGGCUUCAAACGUUUGCUCCAGGUUCAGGGACACCGAUCCACAGGCACUCUUGUGAAGAGGUUUUCGUUGUCCUUAAAGGCAAUGGUACUCUGUAUCUCGCGGAAACACAUGGAAGUUUCCCUGGGAAACCAAUUGAGUUUCCAGUCUUUGCCAACGGUACUAUUCAUAUUCCCAUCAAUGAUGCUCAUCAGGUCAAGAACACUGGUCAAGAGGACCUGCAGGUGUUGGUUAUUAUAUCUCGGCCGCCCAUUAAAGUCUUUACCUACGAUGACUGGUUUAUGCCACACACUGCUGCGAGGUUGAAGUUCCCUUACUACUGGGAUGAGCAAUGCCUCCAAGAAUCACAGAAGGACGAGCUUUAAUAAAGAACAAAGUUACAUUUCUGUCAGCAUAUAUUUGCAGAAAGCUGUGAAGCUAUAAAGGAAUGAGAAUACUACUGCAACAUAGUUAUGUUCGAGUGUUUGUACGUUGGUCAUCGGGUAACACUUCCUGGAAAAAUCUCAAUCGUAUCUCCCUGAGCAACACGGUUCCAGCGGAAUGACUGCUUCUCGUAUAAAAUUUGUGUUUUGUGUAUAAAGAAGUGCCCUCCUUCAGGGAGAAGUAACUGACACCUCUGCUGCAUCUUCGCCAGCUCUGUCCUCAGUACUUCAACGUUAUCACUCGCGUUCACCUCCACAGGAAACUUGAUCGCAGGUGUGUCACUAACGGGAAAUGACAACACCAUCACUGUCGAAAGAUUCUUGGCCCGUUUCUUGCUGCUAUUCUCAGGCGAAUCUGGAAUGUUAAUCACGUGUCUGAUCGACCUCGUAGGUGUCUGGGUCUGAACCACUUGACUCACAGGCAAAUAUUGAUCGCUGAUCCUAUGUUCUUGGGUUGUACUCGCAGGCCAGUGACUUUGAAUGUUACUGAAAAGUUCUGUUGGCAAAGGAAGAUCCCCUCCGAAUGUGUUUGACGUAGAAGAUGGCCCACUUUGAAACAAUUCUUGAUUCUUGUCCUGUCUCGCCAUCGCAGACCCUGCCAGAGAUUGCUCCGGUUGAUCAAGCAUCUGAAAGAAGAUGCUCCUCUCCACCGCAGACCAAUCUUGAUACUCUCCGAGCGAAGCUUGAACCGACGUUGACUGAGCUAGAGAUUGCUCUGUUGGCUGAAGCAUUUGGUUGUUGUCCUCAUCGAACAAGAAGUCUCCAAAUAUGUUUGACGUAGAAGAUGAUGACUCUCUUUGAAGCCAAGCUUGAUGGACGUUGUUGUUUCUCCACGACGGUUCUGGAACACUAACGUUUCCUUCCGUUGCCGCAGGCCAUUCUUGAGUGCCGAAGACCUCAUCAAUUGACCAUGAUGGUACUAGAGAUUUCUCGAGUUGAUGAAGCACUUGAUGACCGUCGUUGCUCUUGUCCAUCACGUUCGAAUCUUGAUUCUUUUCAGGCGAAUCUUCAAUGUUAACCGACGUUGACGGAGCUGGAGAUUGCUGCAUUUGCUGAAGGAUUAGACUGAUGUUGUAACGUGAAAGGGGGAAGUAUAACUCGACACGAGAUUUUUUGACGAUCUUGCAUUGCGUGAGAGUAAGAGAGUCUCGAUCUGCAAAUAGAAGCUUGCCUUUGAAGAAGAUGGUUUGGUCGGAAACAGCGAUGCCUGUAGACUUUUUGAUCUCUUGUUUCAUCUCUAGAACUGUAGUCGAGGGAUCUAAUUCCAUGGAGAAUAGAAUGACAUUAUUGCGCUCGAAGAACACCUCCAUAACUGUAUCAGUGGUGGAGACUGGUGAAGAAAAGAGUCGAGAGCGAGGUAAGUGAUUUGACUUGCGACGCAAGUCAUUUAAUUUACCUUCUUUCGUUACACUAAUAUCGACCGUCCAUAUUUCGCCUUUGCUAAAAUGGUCCAACGGUCAAUUAAGCAUCUUUUGUGUACGAUAAAACUUGAAACGCAGUUUUUUUCUAAAUAGAGAUCUGACACAUAAGCCAAAGUA